GGAGAGAGAGAGACAGACAGACAGACAGACAACACACAACAGAAACGUUGUUAUAUUUUUGUUUGUGUGUGUAAAUAUAUAUGAAGUAAUGAACGAUUAUUUCCUCUCUCUCUCUCUCUGUCAUUUAAAUCUUGUACAUAACUCAAUCUCUCGCUCUCUCUCUCUUGGUUCGUGAUUUCAAGACCUCUAUUUCACACCCACACCAACAAGAUUUCAUUCUAUUCCAGUUUCUUUCUUCUUCUUUUUCUGUGUGUUCUUUUAUCUCUCUCCCAAUUCCUUUUCUUGAGAAAAUUUUCUUUUUCCCUCGAGAAAUUUGGACUCUUAAAAACCCAUCUAUCUCUUCAUCUCUUUCUUGCUAAAAAUGUUCCAUCUUCUCAAGGAAAAAGGACUGGGUUUGAUUGACUGAAGUGAAGCUGAAAUGGAAGGUGAUUUAUUUUCUGGCAUAGGCAAUGGAACACAAGUAGAUGGCAAGGUAUUGCAAACAGUUCAAAAGAGUUUUAUGCAAGUUCAGGACAUCUUAGAUCAGAACAGGUUGCUAAUCAAUGAAAUCAACCAAAACCAUGAAUCCAAGAUUCCUGAUAACUUGACUCGAAAUGUGGGGUUGAUCAGAGAGCUAAACAAUAACAUUAGAAGGGUGGUUGAUCUUUAUGCAGAUCUUUCUACUAAUUUCUCCAGGUCAAUGGAAGCAUCAUCAGAAGGGGAAUCGAGUGGGAUUUUGAAGUCCAAUGGGAAAGGAAAUCAGAAGAGAAUUAGAUCCGGUUCCCCCCUCAACAUGUGAAACAAAAUUGACAGAAACAGACAAUUAGAUUGGAAAGGUGCUUUCUUGUGGAGCCAGCAACUUUUUGCAUUUUCUUGAGUUUGUUCAUGGAACCACUCAUUAGUUUUCUUGAUCUGCGUGAUUGCUUUAGAAAUGGCUAGCCUAUUAUAUAUGUUGAUUUUGGCAUUUGAUUAUAUAGUCAUAUCUCCAAUUAUUGAUGCUUCUCUAGUGGAAGAAUAUCUUAGAGAUGAAAAAGGGUAAGGUUAGCUGUAGCUUGUGGAGUAUUAUUAUAUUAUUUUGUUUUAUUUACAAAUUUUAAAACGGAAAGAUCAGAGACGCCAUUGUCGGGGAAUCUCAAUGACCUUUGGAAAAGGAUUUAAAGUUUAAAUAUAAUUAAAAACUUGACAUGCUCCUUUCCUUCCUCCUCCACAAGAAGUGGGUGAAAGGAUCAAGCAAUUUUAAAGAUUA